AUGAGUGUUGAAGAGCGACUCGUGGCGGCGAAAGAGAAUCACGUUUGUUUCAGCUGCUUAAAGAAAGCGGGUCGAGAUCAUCGUCAAGCAAACUGCAGUCGGCGAAAGCAAUGCAACAAAGUUGAGAACGGAAGCCAGUGUACCUUCAGCCAUCAUCCUUUGCUACAUAAAUCGAGUGCAGUGGGUGUCACUUUAGCAUCUGUUACCAGCCAGAAAGAUUCCAUGUUGCCAGUGAUUGCUGCCAACAUCUGCGGUCCAAACAGGUUGUACAAGCGUGGGAACGUCCUUCUGGAUUCAGGAGCGCAGAUAAGUUUAAUACGGAGCGAAACAGCAGACAGCCUCGGACUGAAAGGGAGAGACAUCUCAGUGAACAUAAUCAAAGUAGGUGGAGAAGGGGAAUCAAUUCAUACGAAAAUUUACAAAGUACCAGUAAGCGGAAUCGGUGACCCAAAGAUACAUUCUGUGAGAGCAAUUGGUAUUCCAUGUAUUAGCGAGGAAGUUAAAAGUGUUCAAACCGGAACUAUCAUUGAGAAACUUGGCCUAUCAAAAGACCAAGUAGUUAGAUGA